AUGUCUCAGCAAGAGUAUCUGGUGGAUAACCCGGCUCUCCAUAAGCCGCAGUUCAAUGAGAUUCAACAACCACUACACAACAGUAUUCCCGCAGAGUUGGUUGAUCGAUACGAUCCGGUCUAUGUGGAACAUUACAAUAAGCACAAUGCAGGGCGUUUACAUACUCACGAAGUUCCAAUUGAAGAGUUUCGAAAGAACCCUGCCCGCUUUCUAGUCGCCUAUGGUCGUGCCCAGAGUCCCGACAUUUAUCGCAUCACUGAGCAAAAGUGCCCAGUGAAGGGAGGCGAGAUUACUAUUCGUAUCUUUGAGCCUCAUCCAAAGUUAAAUGAGCAGGGCGAGCAAAAGAAACGUGCAGCUUAUAUCAACUUUCACGGUGGCGGAUGGGUAUUCGGAAACCUCAGUACGGACCAUGAUUUCUGCAAGACCCUUGUCGAUGGCCUUGCCGGAGACCUUGUCGCCUUCGAUGUGGACUAUCGCCUGGCGCCUGAGAAUCCCUUCCCAAUUCCAGUAGAGGACUGUUGGGCGGCUUUCAAUUGGAUUCGCACUGAAAAAGCCACAGAAUUCAAUCUUGAUACUGGCAGGUUUGCUGUAGGCGGUGCAUCCGCCGGCGGUCAUCUUGCAGCUGUUGUUGCUCAUCUUUGUCGCAAUGAGGGAAUUCCUCUGGGGCUACAGGUAUUGAUUGUGCCCGUGUGCGACAUGCACCAUUUCACGCCCGAAGGAGAGUUCGACAGGGAUAAUUGCCCUUAUGAAUCUUAUCGAGAGAUGGAGUUUGCUCCAGCAUUGCCCAUGGCCCGUAUGGCAUACUUCCAUCGGCACUUCCUCGGCGUCCCUCGACCCCCACCCUCUGACGAGGACUGGAAGAUCUCCCCCAUACUUGCCUCUAGCUUUGAGGGACUAGCUCCAGCUCUGGUUUCUACUGCCGAGCUUGACCCGCUGCGUGAUGAAGGCGAAGCGUAUGCAGCCAAGCUGAAAGCUGCAGGGGUACCGGUAGAAUUGAAGCGGUUUCCGGGGGCUCCGCAUACUUUUCAGGCUUUAGAUGGAAUACUUCAGAUUGGGCAACAGGGCAAUGCAGCUGUGAUUGCGGCAUUGAAGCGGGAAGUCGGGACAUGA